AUGGCUGAUACCCGAGUUCAUACAGAUGAUGUUGAAAUAAAUGAGGAUGUGACAUUUGAUACUUUACCAAUAUCUGAGCAAACAUUAGAAUCAUUAAAAAAUGGUGGUUUUACUCGUCCAUCACCAAUUCAAUUGAAAGCGUUACCAAUCUCAUUAGUUGGUCUCGAUCUACUUGUUCAAGCUAAAGCAGGAACAGGAAAAACACUUGUAUUUAGUAUAACGGCUAUUGAAAUUGUACAGAAUAGUGAGAAUGAUAUUGACGUUACAACAAAAGUUUUAAUAUUAGCACCUACAAGAGAAAUUGCUCAACAAAUUACAUAUGUUAUCAAAACUAUUAAACAAUCAUCAUGUUUUGUUCAUACAUUCAUUGGUGGCACAUCAAUUAAAGAUGAUCAACAACAUUUAAAAAAAUGUCAUAUCGUUGUAGGUACACCGGGAAGAAUUGAAGAAUUAUUAAGAACAAAUAUAUUACUACCAGAUAGUAUACGUUUAUUAGUUAUGGAUGAAGCAGAUGCAUUAUUAUCAAAAGAAUUUCAAGAUCAAAUAAAUUCAAUAUUUUCAUAUAUGCCUGUAAAUAAACAAGUUUUAUUAGCAUCAGCCACUUAUUCUGAAUAUAUUGUUCGUUUUUCUGAACGUUAUAUGCGUGAUAUGACAUAUGUACGUUUAGUAGAUGAAAAGUGUCCGGCAUUAAUUGGCAUAAAACAGUAUUCUAUUCAAAUUCAAAAACAUCCAAUUGAAUCACAUUUAUUUGAGCAAAAAGUACUUCUAAUCUUACGUAUACUAAAUCGUUUAAAAUUUCGUCAAUGUUUAAUAUUUUCAAAUUUACGUAUGCGUAGUGCAGCAGUUUGUUCACGUCUAAAAGUACUCGGUUAUGAUACCACUUACACAUCAAGUUCAUUGCCUCAACAAAAACGAACAAAAGUAAUGAAAGAUAUGUAUAAACAUAAAUGUCAAAUAUUGGUAACAACCGAUUUGACAUCACGUGGUAUUGAUUUAGAUGAAGUAGAUUUUGUAAUAUCAAUGGAUUUACCACCUGAAUCGGAAACAUAUUUACAUCGUAUAGGAAGAGCAGGCAGAUAUGGUGCACACGGUUGUUCGCUAACAAUUGUAUCAUCGGGAGAAGAAUAUGAACAAUUGUGUACAAUUAAAACGCAGUAUAAUCUUGACAUAUGUGAAUUAGAUGAAAAUGAUGGACUUGAGCCAUUAGUUCAAACGCUCGAAAGUAUUGCUGUUGCACAGUAA